CCCUUGUAAACAAAACGAAGCAGAAGUAGCUGACAUUAUUGUACAGUUCUGGCAGCGUUGAGUUUCCGAAGAAAGCGGCAGAAUUGUGAGAAAAGCAUUUUUAAGACGUAAACGUGGCGAAAGAAGGAUAUGAUGUAUCUGUCCGUGCUGGAUAUCGACGGUUUCACGACGUGAAUGACUAAAAGGGAGGCGUCUCUGGAAGUGAAGCUGAUGAUGGAGAGACACAGAAAACUGAGCAGAGAGGAGAUGGAGAAGGUUUCAGUCGGGGUGACUGAUGGGAGCGUCAGAGAUCAGCUCUCUGAACAGAGAUCCGGAAACACGCAGGACUCGGAGAUCAGCCUCAGUUUACUUUGUUACACUGAGGCUCAUGACAGUCAUGAAUCCAGCAGUCGAAUGUCUUUGGGUUUAGAGCGUAACCCUGAAGAAGGGCAGACGACACUCAAGAUGUGCUCGGUGAAGCUGGAGGACUGCAGGAACAUGAAAAGAGCUCAUGAAGAACAGAGCGAUGAUGAUGAUGAUGAUGAUGUUUUUAUUCCAUCAGACUUAAAAGAGGAACGUGAAGUGGAGGAGAUGCAUCAGAAACCUAAAAACGAUUUAAGCGACGAAGCGUUUUUCACUGGCAACGAGUGUGGAACGAGUUUAGUUCAGGAAGGUGAAAAACCGCACAAAUGCCCUCGGUGUGGCAGGAGUUUUUCGCAAAGAGAACAGCUUGAAGUGCAUGCGAAAGUUCACAACGGAGAGAAACCCUUUGCCUGCCGUGAUUGUGGCAAGAGCUUCACGCGUCAAGGAAGCCUUAACGUGCACAUGAGGGUCCACACCGGAGAGAAGCCUUUCCUGUGCCCUCAGUGUGGAAAGAGUUUCAGUAUUAAACUGUACCUUAAGAAUCAUCUGAAAAUUCACACGGGAGAGAAACCGUACACGUGCGCCGAGUGCGGGAGGAUAUUCUCACAGAGAGGACACCUCGACACGCACAUGAGGUCUCACACCGGAGAGAAGCCUUAUUCGUGCCAAGAGUGUGGAAAGAGUUUCACGCGCCAAGGAAGGCUUAACAUUCACAUGAGAACUCACACCGGAGAGAAGCCGUUCACCUGCCCUCAGUGUGAGAAGAGUUUCAUCGGUAAACAUUACCUUAAGGAUCACCUGAAAGUUCACACCGGAGAGAAACCGUACACGUGCACUCAGUGCGGGAAGAGUUUUGCGCAUAAAGGAAUCCUUAAUGUGCACGCGAGAGUUCACACCGGAGAGAAACCUUAUACCUGCCACGUGUGUGGAAAGAGUUUCACGCGGGCAGAGAGCGUCAAAGACCAUCAUCUACGAAUUCACUCUGGAGAAAAGUCAAAAAGUAAAGCAUGAUUUGGGGUUUAGAACUUGUCUGUCUCUGAUACGAGAACCGUGGUUUCAGAGAUGCUUUACAUAUAUAUGCUAUGCAUUAUGCUCAACCAAAACUCUGUAUCAUGAAAUUCAUUGUCUGAUUCAAUAAUCGGUUUUUAUUUGUAACUGCAGCCAUAAUAAUAUUUUUGCUUAAUCAUAAAAGUUCUGCAUUGCCGUGGACUCUAGACUAUUUAAUUGUAUAUAGUAUCUGUAUUUAAUAUGAUGCUAAUUUAACGUUUAUCAGUAUGAAAUGACAAAAUUAGGGUGAACGUUGAGAUCAGGUGAAAGUUGCUGGCUCUUUGAUCGCCCCUCGUGGCUGGCUGCAGUACAGGCCAUAAACCCCGCCUUCUCCAUGUAAACAAGUGGGACACGAGUCAAAAAAAUGAUUUACACUACCAAAACAAUUUUCCGAAAUAUGGUUUUAGUCAUUUCUGGUAGUUGUUUUCAUGUUGAUAUAUGUUCGUUUGUGAUCAUUUUGAUUUUAGCUAGUAAUUUGAUGCUGUAAAAAUGGGGGCUUGUCGUUGUGGUUGACUGGAUCUGCGGGAUUUUGAUACUUUGGCUCCAAAUUAAUGUCUUUUGCGCAGACUCAGGCUCCAAAUAACAUCAUUUAAUCAAGAUGGCAGCUGCCAUUUCUUACAGUGGAAGGAAGCAGAGAUGUCCUGAUGUUCGUCCUUUUUUUUUUACACUCUAUGGUUGAGAUCAUCAUGGACCUUGAAACCGUCUUGAAGAACAAAAGGUCAAAGCAGCACAUGACUAGUUUGUUGUAUAAGGGUGAUGGUUGUGUACUACACUGGAGCCAAUUUGAAAAAAGGACCUGAUUCCACUCAACUUCAAGAGUGAGUAGAGUUGGACUAUUAAACAAUUCCACCAGAGACCUUUUUUCUGGUUGCUGUGUCCCAAGAUGUCCUUAUUGGUUUCUGCAUUUGUCAAAAAUCACUUGGCGAUGAGGCAGUGGCAUUCAUGGUUCUUCGUUAGGUUAUGUUGCGUUUCAGUAGGAAAAACACAGAACAAUCAAGUAAUUGCAGCUAAUGAUUGAGGAAUCGUUUGACUAUUUAUGAAAUUGUUACUUUGUUGUCUUAUGAGCAGUGAGAAUGGAAAACCAGUAGAGAAAAAUGCUAUGUAAUGAAAAGUUAGUUUCGUUUUGAUUUCUUCCAAACAAAACUGGCACUACUAUGUAAAAUAAUCAACAAAUAGUUAUUAUAAUUGAUUCUUUGUCAUCCCCAUUAAUGGCAUGUUCACUUGCCUCCCUUUAGACAAGUCUAUUUGUUGGACUGUACGUCAGUGAUCCACUAUAGUCUUCAUUUGGGACAUGUAACAAGCAGCAUGGAUCAUUUUGACGUUUUUU